AUGACAUCUUCAAACGGAAGAGGCGCCUUGCGACCAAGUGGUCGUUCACCACCAUUCUUAUUAAUAGGACUAAGUGUAGCCUUGUGUAUUAUUGGGUUUAAUUAUUGGAGUGUGUCUUCACGGAACUCAGAACUUUUAACUCAAAUUACUAUAUUGAAAAGGGAGGUGACAAAUCAAGCCACAAUGAAAAUCACUGCAGAAAAGCGUUUGGAAGAAGUUGGGUCGAGAGCUAGCAAGUAUCUUGAUGAAAAGAAUAAAUGUAUGACGGAUAGACGUUCAAUUCAGGAAAAUGCUGAUGAUUGUGUUGAAAGUAGUAAAGCAUGUGAAGCUGAUAGAAGUGGACUAAAUGAAAGAUUGCAACAAGUUGAAUCAGGUUUACAAGAGGAAAUAAUGAAGAAUACUCAAUCAGAAAAAAAAUGUGAUCUUAAGCAAGUUAUCUUUUUUAUUUUACACCUAAAGGUGCCCUUUGCAUAUGCUAAAACGGAUAAAAAGAAUUAUAAAGCUUUUAUUUGUCCUAUUCUAACUUUCCUGUCUGCAGCUCCUACAAUUUCCGUUAUAAAACAUUCUUAUGACGUUAAUCUACAAGAUCAAUUUCCACUUGAAACUGUAGACAAAUCUCACCUUAAUUUCAUCAGUGAACAUAGAAUAGGUUUUCAACCAGCUCAUCAGAUCCUUAAUCCUAGACAGGAAGCUGUAAAAGAUUAUGAUUAUGAUAUGCAGGAUGAUGAACCAGGGCAAAAAAGUAAAGAACAGAAAGAUAAGCCUAAUGUAGUAAUAGAAGAAAGCAGUAUUGAUAAAUUGAAGAAACAACUGGAAGAACAAGAACAUUAAAGAACAAUGUGAUAUCUCAUACCACAAUAUUUAUUUUUCUACUGGAAUCAUCUUGUGGAAUCUGUCAUCAUGUGUUUUAAAAUCAUUUCUGGGGACAAUUUCAUGAAUAUCUAUCAGUUUUAAUAUUUUAAUUAUGCAAGUGGUAAAUAAAUAUAAUUGAUUAGUGUCUACCAAUCAGAUUAAUGCAUUUACUAGAUUUGGGAUUUUUAGUAAAGAUUUGUGUAAUUUAAUGUAACAAGUUACUUUUCAACUAAUGGCCACUUUCUAGUAAAAAU